AUGCACGCAAUACCACAGACCGAGCCUGCCGUGCUCCCUGCUUCGACUGGCCCCAGUUUGGGUCCUGCGCCAGGACCACACAUCAUCCAGCCCAGGCGUAAGAUUCAGACUCACCGAAAAUCUCGCAAAGGCUGCCGCAACUGCAAAAUACGGAAGGUCAAGUGUGAUGAGACCAGGCCGAGAUGUGACAAAUGCGACAAGUACGGCAUUCUAUGCAACUACGACUUAAGCAAUGCAGACCUUCAACUCUCCAAGUCCGGUGCUUCGGCGAUUGAUAUUACCGUCCUGGACUUCUCUCGCGCAUCGACUUCGAGCAUUGAGACUCAUCUCACCAAUGGGGAGGAGAGAAAUACGUCCCCGCAGUCGUUGAAAUCAGAGGCUGAAUGCUAUCAUCCCACCGUAGAUGACCUUGAAACUCUCGGUCGCUUCUUCUCGAGGACAAUUCGUACUCUAGGCGCACAUAAAUAUGCGACACUCUACCAUGACGUUUACACCAGGUUGACGGAAUCGAAUCGUUUCUUAUUCCACAUUGUUCUCGCCCUGACGUUGGUACACGACUCUGUCCUCGAACAAUCCUCGUCACCUUCUGGUUUCCAAGCAAUCGCUCAGCACUGGUCGCUUGGAGCUUCGUUAUUAAACCAAGCCAUAUCCCUACCAAGUUCACAAUUGACCUCAUCGACACGAGACGCCAUGUGGGCUUGUGCAGGGCUGCUGGGGUGUCUAGCUUUCAGCGUUGUCGACUCAGAGUCUGUGGAAGAGUCGUGGCCGCUGAAACCACCGGAUCCAAGCGACCUGGGAUGGCUCGGGUUUUGCGAGGGCAAGACGGCCAUCUUCAAAGUCUCCGAUCCAUUGCGAGAAGACAGUCUGUUUGCUCCAAUGAGAGAGGAAAUGGCCCUGUUCAUGAGUCUGACGCCAGAUCUUUCUUUGCCGGAGUUACAGGAGGCCCUUCCAACCGAACUGAUCGAUCUCUGUGGUCUUGAUGUGGAUGGGGACUCAGUCCCGAGGGCAUCUUCAAAUCCGUGCCUUGCUCCUGCAUCGGUGAUGGCGCAGUUGACACGGUAUGAAUGCACGCAAGAAAACUAUGUCCUAUUCCUGGCAUUCUUCAGGACGAUGAAAGGAGAUUUCAAGCAACUGCUCAUUGAGCGACAUCCUGCCGCUUUGGCUCUGCUGCUCAUCUGGUACACCAAGGUUCUCCCUUUUGGCGCAUGGUGGCUGAGGAAAAGGACGAGGCUGGAGUGCGGUGCUAUAUGCGCGUACUUAACACGAGUUCACAGAGACGAUGAGAGAGUGAUGAAGCUGGUAGGUCAAGUCAAAGAGAAGGAUCGCGACCAAAACUUGGGUGAUUGA